AUGGAGGAACUUUCACGGCUAUGCUGCCUUGCUGUCGAAGAUGUCUACGGCGGAUUUCUCGCUCAAAUUUUCCAACACUUGAUCCAACAGGGCAGGCUUUCUGUCAAUCAACUCGCACAAAGAUGUCGGCUUCCUUUGCGCCAGGUUAAGGCUGGAAUAGCCGCUCUGAUCCAGCUUCGUUUGAUUUUCCACUAUACCACUCCCGACGGCCUGUCGACCUAUCAAGCGAACGUCCACAGUGCCUACAAUCUCAUUCGAGCUGGCAGAAUCGUCGAGCUUGUUGCCAGGAGAUAUGGUCCGGCCGCCGCCAAGAUCAUGGAGCACCUAGCCAUCCUCGGCUACGCCACCGCAGACGAACUGGAGGCACACGUGUGCGAAGACAACGUAUUGACUACCUCAAAGGACUCUGCCGAGUUGACGAAUGGACAUCAUGAAGAAGGCGUUUUGCUUGGCGGAGCGAAUCCGGAGGUCAGAACCAGUUUUCGCACGGCCCUGAAACAUCUCUUAGACGACAGAUUCAUCUCGUCCGUACGCGACGCCCAUUUCCAAUCUGAAUUCGACGCUCGCCAAGAUGUUGAGCGCCAUUUACAACAUCUUGGAAUGCUUCCGUCUGCCAAGGGAAAGAAGAUUCAAUCGGAUAUCGACCAUAGGGUCGAUGUGGAACUCGAGUCGCGUCUGGACGGCACGGUCUCGUCCGCAUCCAUAAUGCAAGACUUUGAGCAGCGGGAUUCGAACGAAAACAUGACCUACAGCCAGGUAUAUCUAUCCACAAUUCCUAUGCUGUGUAUUGAUUAUUCUAACCUGCUUGCCGCCAUACGCAAUGAGAGGGUAGCAUCCACUGCAUACAAAUUGUUUGGCCAGCCAGCCGCACAGGUGGCGCGAGCAGCUUGUUCGCAGGUCGAUGUCGAUUCUGGUCCUUUCAAAAUCCAAAGCGCUACCUCCGCACCAAUACAAAGACUCAAUGUCUCCCAGAUACGCAGCAGCAUGGCUGAAGAGGCAACACAAGAGACCCUAAAUGAGGAGGAUGCUGAGAAUGGCUGGCUUGGAGAGUACGCCCUCAAUGGUUAUGCUGAUCCGCAAGUCAAUGGCGCACAGCAUUAUUCACAAAUUGAUCAGCAUUUGGCAGUACUGGCAGAAGGUCCCUUCUCCUUUCUCUCACAAGAACCUGGGGGGGGGCAGUGGCUGCUGCAUCGGUCUAGGUUGAGCAAUUUUCUGCGGGACGGAGAAUUGAUGAGAUUUAUGGGCGAGAGCUUGAGCGGACCGGCUCUCAGAAUCCUGCGUAUGCUCAUGGAUAAGGGGAAGCUAGACGAGAAAUCGUUGCAAGAAAUUGGUCUGUUGGGCGCAAAAGAACUUCGUCAAUGCUUGGCUCAGUUGCAGCUGAUGGGGUAUCUCGAGCUCCAGGAAGUCCCCCGGGAGCCCCAGCGACAGCCCAAUCGCACAAUAUUCCUAUGGUUCUACGAUGCGGAGAGGGUUCGAAAGGUGGUUCUUGGCAGACUCUACAAAACUAUGGCACGAUUAUUUCAGCGCUUACACCUGGAAAGGGAGAGAUUGGCGUCCACCUUGAGCAAGGUCGAGAGGACUGACGUGCAGGGGAGCGAAGAAGAAAUGCUUUCACAAGCCGAGCUCCAGGUUUUAUUCAAGUGGCGUCAAAAGGAAGCUUGGUUUAUGACCGAAAUCAACCGUUUGGAUGAAUCCGUUGUCAUCCUCCGCGAUCUUUGA